CGAUGUCCCAGGGUCAUGUUCGUGAGAACCUUGCCCAGAUGUCACAGUUUAUACAUUGGCUUCAGUAAAUUCACGGACAUUACCGACAAGGAGGCCUCACCAUGUCUAGGUUCAAGCAUCUUAUUGUCUGUGCUUUCUUCGCCCUCGCUGGCUGCCAGUACACCCCCGACUGGGAUUCCUUGGAUUCUCGCCCACUUCCCCAGUGGUAUGAUGAUGCCAAAGUUGGAAUUUUCGUUCACUGGGGCGUCUUCUCCGUCCCAUCUUUUGAUACCGAGUGGUUCUGGCACAGUUGGGAAGAGGGAUACCCUCUAGUUGUGGAUUUCAUGGAGAAGAACUACCGUCCCAACUUCACCUAUCCAGAUUUUGCUCCGCAGUUUACGGCCGAAUUCUUUAACGCACACCAGUGGGCUGGGCUCUUCAAAGCCUCUGGGGCAAAGUAUGUCGUCCUCACGAGCAAACACCAUGAAGGGUUCUGCAACUGGCCUUCUAAGAACUCUUGGCCAUGGACCAGCAUGGAGUUCGGACCUAAAAGAGACUUAGUGGGUGAAUUAGCUGAAGCUAUAAGAGGGAUUGGUCCUUCUCUCCAUUUUGGGCUCUACCAUUCACUCUACGAAUGGUUCAAUCCGCUUUACCUUGACGAUCAAGCUAAUUCAUUCGAAACUAACGAUUUUGUGACCAGGAAAACUUUGCCAGAGCUGUUCGAUUUGGUAUCCACCUACAAGCCAGAAAUCAUCUGGUCUGAUGGCGACUGGGAGGCGCCUGACUGGUACUGGAAUUCAACAGUUUUCCUAGCAUGGCUGUUUAAUGAGUCCCCUGUCAAAGACACAGUAGUUGUUAAUGACAGAUGGGGUAUUGGGUGCGUAGGAGAGCACGGAUCGUACUAUACUGUCCAAGAUCGCUUCAAUCCAGGAGUUCUCCAGGACCACAAAUGGGAGAACUGCUUCACUCUAGACGAACAAUCGUGGGGCUACAGACGGAAUGCGCGGCUCCUUUCUUACCUCACCAUAGAAGACGUGCUUUUCCAGCUGGCUACGACAAUCAGCUGCGGUGGCAAUGUCCUAAUAAACGUCGGUCCCACCCACGAUGGGCGUAUCCCUCCCAUCAUGGAAGAACGCCUGAGGCAGAUGGGCGAUUGGCUGGACGUCAACGGACAGGCUGUGUAUGGGUCUAGGCCCUGGGCUUACCAGAACGAUACUCUCACACCUGGUGUAUGGUAUACUACAUCCAAUAACAACAAUGUCUACGCCAUCGUGUUAAGUUGGCCGGAGGAUGAUCUCUUACCCUUAGGUUCGGUUGUGUCAACACCUGAGACUAAGGUUAACAUGCUCGGUUACCAAGGGGAACUGACGUUUGCUGCCGGAAGCCCUGGAAUCGAGGUAACCUUCCCUAACAUGGCUAAGGUGAAAAGUAAGUGGGCUUGGGUACUGGAACUAAUUGCGGUCAGUCCAGCUUAGCCGUUGUUUCCAAGAUCCUGCUCAAAGAAGCAUUGGCUGUAAAACAAAAUAAAGGAAUAACGAUG